AGGAAGGUCUGUUGAAAGGAGAGGGGGAAGAAGGUCUCCAGGUCGCUCGCGCCGCCGGCCGCGCGUCUCCCGCCCACCUCCGUGCGCGCCGCCGGUCGCCCGUUUCCGUCUCUCGCCCGCCGCCUCCACGCCCGAGGACAAGGAGGGAAAACGGCGAGAGAGUUUGCUCCCGCUCCGCCAAACCGCUCCACAAGUCUGCGGACCUCCGCUCCUCCGUCCUCCAGCUUAUGGAUUUGCCAGGUCCGAGAUGGAAGAGAGGCAAGGACGGCAAGGACUUUGCCGCUCUCGCAGCAGCCAAACCCAUGUCCACGAUACUUGCCGAGCUCCAGGCUUCUUUGAGAGACGCACAAGCUGUCGCCAUUUUAUCAGGGGAUGGCAAAGACGCGAUUCUUGCAGUUGAAGCGCACCAAGCCAAGCUUCUGAACUGUGCGGCCUUUGGCCGGACUGUGGAAAAUGCAGGGUAUGAGAAGCUAUGGUUCCAGCUGGGCCCCGAGGAGAUGUUCUUUCUUUGCCAUGCCCUCAGGUGCAUCACGGUUCAAUCGGAGGAGAACAAGAAGCAGAUGCGCGAAGGGGAGCUGUGGGAUCUCUUGACCUCCACCUCAGAGCAAUUCCCGGAGAUGUACAAGGCGUAUCAACACCUUAGGUUGAAGAAUUGGGUUGUAAGGUCAGGAUUGCAGUACGGUGCAGAUUCUGUAGCUUACCGUCACCAGCCAGCACUUGUUCACUCGGAGUUUGCAGUAAUCGUAGUUCCAGAAGGCAAAAUGUUUGGUGCUCGAUGUGGCCGCAUGAAGGUGUGGCCUGAUCUACUCUGCGAGCUUCGAGCUUCUGGAAGUGUGGCCAAGACAUUACUUUUUCUGACCAUCAGCACCAACAACUGCGAGGUGAGAUCGCUUGAUUGUUUGGAACAACUGAUUGUUCAUGAGAGGAUGAUCAACAGAUGGAUACCGCAGCAGUGCCGUGAGCAACAAGACAAACUGCGCAGAGAAGAAGCCCAUAGGGACGAGCAAAGACAAAAACAGUGCAGAGAAGAAGCAAUUAAGAAAGAACAAGAGGAUACAAGAGAGGGUGUAAUAUUUAGCUAUUGGCGUGUAAUAUUAAGCUUUACAAUUCUUUUUCUAGCUUACUUUGUCUACAAGCUCAAACUUUGACUGAAGACCUUAAUAUUUCUGUAUGCACAUGUUGGUAAUUGCGAAUUGUGCCCUAUUGAAUCCUAUGAUGCUACUUCGUGAGCCUUGUUGAGGUUUCUAGACAUCCUGGCUAAUACUAUCGUAUGACUGCACUUCACUGCAGACUGCAUAUAUGUGUAUUGUUAUUUCUGGGUAAACGUACGUUUCAGGCCUUCAAGACUGCUAUGGACUGAGUGCCCUCUGGUGGCAUAGAAAAUUCUAUCUGCAUGGCCGACACCACUGGAGCAUGUUGAAUAAAUGAGGUACCGGAGGGGCAGGUCUCCCCUAGUUCGUGCGCCGGGCAUGGCAUCUGGCUCAAGCACAUUGGUCAGGAAUGCGAGCCUGCCAUCCUUGGUGCACCCCAUCCAUGUUCCUCCACCAAGCACAUCCCUGCCUCCAAGAAUCUUCUUUGAGCCUUCUCCCCACCAUCCUACUGCCUUUGUAGGCCUGCAUUAGUUCGUUAAAAACAACAGAGAAGCUCUGAGCUCUGAACACCCAGCAUUGUUGUUUUGCAGCAAGUAACCUUUCUAUUGGUUUCUCUUACAGCAUUUUAUUUAUGAUAACUGAUUGAACAAUAUUAGCAUACAUGUCAUGGAGGUUUGCAUUUUAUAUUACUUGUGGUUCAUGUAAAUUCUGCCAGUGAAUAUGUAACUCUGGAGGGAAAAUUUUACUCAAUUUCAAACCAGAUCCUCAUACAGCAGAGCUAUUACUUCCAGGUUGGGCGCUACAAAGAUCAAUAAAACCAAAUAAGAUCACGUACCUGCUAUGGAACUCAUCUCUGUUGAGCAGCAGGAGGAUCUGGUGCACAGGGUGAGCCUGCCAAAUCCAUGCAGCUAUGCACAUGGCUUCAGGGAGAAGGUUGGAAGGAGAGCGAAAGCACAAGGAGCCCACAGAGUGUUUGCAUUAUUGGCUGCAACCAGGCCACGGGAACUGGAACUCAUCCAUAUACCUCAACGAAACCAGGGGCGUGCUGGAUUGGGUUAAACAAAAGCGGCAAACAACGACCUGAUCUUUCGAAGCAAUAUAUGACCCCUGUUUCCGUGUAUGAUCAAAAGGCCAGUACUGAAUCCAUCAAUCUGUUUCCCGUGGGUAGUUGGCUGCGGUGGCUCACACGUGUCGACCUCCAGGAAUAACGUGCCUGCACGGCGGUUUUCAGGCACUCGUCAUCUACUCUAUCCGUUUCCAGACCGUACGCGACGUAUUCUACUGCUUAGGGCCCACUUGCAGACCGUAUGGCUCAAGGUGCCGCUGGCUAAGAACGAGCCGAGGGAGAGCGGCCUCAUCCAUUCUCCUUCGUUGACCGAACACGCCGCCCCUCGCCACCGCUGUCGCCAUCGCCGCCGUUGCCUUUCCUUCUUCUCCGGCGCUGGCGUGAAGCCCAGCAUGAGUGAGGGUUCCACUGCUUCGGGCCCGUCCGUGUUCGGGAGCCAGGGGAACCGGCUCCGGCUGGAUGACUGCCCCAAUUGUGGAUGCCGCCUGAUCUGUAUCCGCAGCAAGCAGCCAGAGACGUUCAAUCAGAUAUUUUUUACAAGUGCCCCAACAACGUGAGGGGAGAUCCAAACACAUGUGGAUGGAUUCAGUCUGAGCGUCAGUACGAGACUUAUUUGCGUGUGCUGGAUGCACGGAAGCAGCAAUGUGGCGACCUCCAAGUCAUUGGAGAUGCCAGGAUGCAAGCUCUGUUUGAGUUGAAGGACCAGUUUGUUGAGCUCAAGAACCAGUUUGAUGGGCUGAAAACUAAAAUUGAAGCAAUGAAUAUGCAGAUUUGGGAGCUCAGUCAGCAGCUCAGUGAGAGGAAGAAGACCUGGGUAGCUGUACUUGUUGCAUGUGUUGCUGUGGUUGGGUUGAUGGUGACAGUGCUGUGGAAGUGAGGCAGUGUUGUGUGAGGGGAAGGAUGCUUUUGUGAACUGCAAGUAGAUGACCUAGGAUGGUUUAGUGAACUGGAAGUAGCUAGGAUGCUUUUGUGAACUGGAAGUAGAUGAGCUAGGAUGCUUUUGGAAGCUUUUGAAUGGUGUGUAAAUAGAUGACCUACUUGCAGCUGAAGUUGUGUGUAAAUAUAUGACCUACUUUUAUGUGCAAUGUGUGACUCCAUGUUUCUGUGAAUUA